CUGAUUGGCCAAGGAGGAGUGGGCGGAGCCUUCAAGGCGGAAGCGGCGAGGGGCGGCGCGCCCAGUGCUCCCAGUUCGGUCCCAGUUCGGUCCCAGUUCCCUCCCAAUCCCCGAACUCUCGCGAGAUUUCCGCGCCCCGCGGGCUCCGUUCGCCUCCAAGGAGAGCUCGCGGGGAGGGGCGGGACCGGAAGUGACGCAUCGGAAGCGGAAGCGGAAAAGCGGCGGCAGAGAAGGAGCCGCGAUGAACCUGGAGCGUGUUUCCAACGAGGAGAAGCUGCAGCUGUGCCGGAAAUACUACCUGGGCGGGUUCCUGCUGCUGCCCUUCCUGUGGCUGGUGAACGUGCUCUGGUUCUUCCGCGCCGCCUUCCUGGCGCCGCCCUUCGGGGAGCAGCCGCGCCUCAAACGCUACGUGCUGCGCUCGGCCGUGGGGGCGGCGCUCUGGGGGCUGGGCCUGGGCCUGUGGGUGGCGCUGUUCCAGACCCGCCGCGGCCAAUGGGGGGCGCUGGGCGACGCCCUCAGCUUCACGCAGCCAAUGGGGAGAGCCCUGAGAGGGGGCGGCGCCGCGGGGCGGCCAAUGGGAGCGCGGCGAGGAGCGAUGACGUCACCACAGCCCCGCCCCUUUUGCCCAAAUAAAGGCAUUGACCACACCCAGAGCGGAAAGGGGCGGAGCCUUUAUUGGUGGGGCGUGGCCGGGGUGGGCGUGGCCUCACUGGCGCUCGUAGAUGAUGCGCAGCAGGCGCAGGCUGGGCCCGUAGCGCUGCUGCUGCUCCGCUGCGCCGCCUCCCGCCACCUGCGGGGACCAGUAGGGACCAGUAUGGACCAGUAUAGACCGGGACGGACCGGUAUAAACCGGUACAGACUAGUAUAAGCUAGUAUAAACCAUUACAAAACCAGCAUGGACCAGUAUAAACCAGUAUAGACCAGUAUAAACCAAUAUGGACUGGUAUAAACCAGUAUAGACCAGUAUAGACCAGUAUAGACCAGUAUAAGCCAUUAUAAACCAGUACGGACCAGUAUAAACCAGUACGGAGUGGUAUAGACUGGUACGGACCAGUACAGGCUAGUACAAACCAGUAGAGAGCAGUAUAGACCAGUACGGACCAGUAUAAACCAGUAUAGACCAGUAUGGACCGGUAUAAAGCCAGUAUAGACCAGUAUGGACCAGUAGGAAACAGUACGGACCGGUACAAACCAGUACGGACCAGUAUGAACCAGUACGGACCAGUAGGGACCAGUAUAGACCGGUAUGGACUGGUAUAAAACCAGUAUAGGACCAGUACGGACCAGUACGGACCACUAUGGACCAGUACAGACCUGUACAGACUGGUACAGACCAGUAUGCACCAGUACGGAGCAGUAUACACCAGUACGGACCCGUACUGACCAGUACAGACCAGUAUGGACCAGUAUAAACCAGUAUGGACCAGUACAG